AACGUAACUGAGCCUCAUCACCGAUUAGUAUGACCACAAUCUCUAUGAGGCUGUCAGGUGUUAUCGCAUAAAGUUGACCUUUCACUUGACAAGAGAAGUGACCAAUCCAAGGUACCACCAUGGAUCCCAGACACCUAAAUCGUUUGAAAGAGGAGCAACAGAAAGCAAUAUAUGAAACAAAAGAGCGCAUCAAACAAUGUGAAAGUUUCAAGUCAGACUACAAAGCAUUGCAAAACCGUCUGAAGACUUUGCCUGACAGUGUCAAUCAUGAUAUCAUGGUGCCGUUUGGGAAGCUAGCCUUCAUGCCGGGCAAGAUUGUGCAUACAAAUGAGGUCAUGGUUCUGCUGGGAGACAACUGGUUUGCUGAACGUUCGGCCAAGCAAGCUGCCGAGAUCGCAGGACGGAGAAUGAAGGAACUGGACAAAAAGGUCAAAGAAUUGAAUGACCAGAUGAGACUGCUGGAACCACGCCUGGGCUUCACCUCAGACCUACAGACAGAACUGCAGGGCAAGGAGGAUGUGAGGGAGAUCCGGGAGGAGUUUGAUGAGGAGCAGGAACGUCUUUGGAACGAUCGGCAUCGGGAGAGUGUGAAGAGACAGAAAGAGCAGGAACGUUUAAAGGCGGCAGCUACCGGAACUACACCAAUGGCUCAGAAGGUUGAGGGUUCGAGUCUGUCAGACGAGCAACUGUGGGCUCGGCUUGACCAGUUGGAGAGACAGGAGGCUGAGCGCGCAGAGAUGGACAGUGAUGAAUGGAAGGAGGAAGAGGAAGAAGACAACAGUAGCAGAAAGAAGAAGAAGAACGAUGAGAAUAUGAGGAGAGUGAGUUUUGCUGACGAAAACCACCCGAAGACACUUGGGCUUCAAAUGUCGCAGAAUGACGAUGAUGAGGAAGAGGAGGAUGACGAUUUAUCUGAGGGCACAGAUAGUGAUGAUGAUGAUGAUGAUGAAGAGGGAAGUGAUGCUGAUGGAGAGGAGGAGGAUUCUGACUGUAAAACAAAACGGAGGACAAUUUUUUUCUCCCACACAAAAACUCCAGCUGUGUCGCAGUCAGGCAGGGGCGAGGCUGUUGAAAUCAACAGCCCCUCAGACAUCUAUAAGCUGUUCCAGCCUCCGUCCAUUCUCAAGAAAUCUCCGGCCCGGGAGAGAUGGAAUGAGAGCUCUGGAAGUGCAUCUGUGAGUGUGCGUGGUGGGUCUAUACCGGAAGACUCGACAAUGACCAGUCACACUGUUGACACCGCGACCCACAUCCCAAGCAUAGCCUCCAGUGCACAGAAGGCGUUCAGCGGUCAAAUCGUGGAGCGGCAGACACAAGACACACAGCAUCAUACAGGACAGACACACGGUGCAGAGCCACAACGACGUGUCUCCAAAUUCAGGGCUAAACGGAUGGGUCAGUCUGACCCGUCGUGACCUCUUGAGGGGUCACUGGACCCCUCACAGGUUGCGGUGAGAGGUCACUGAACCCCUCACAGGUAGAGGUCAUGACUUUGGAGAGGUCACCGAAAUCUUCACUGGUGGAGGUCACCGAAACCUUCAGAUGUGUUCAAGUUGCUGUGACUGUCGCAUGUGGAGUUCGUGGCGACCAUCCAUCAAUUUAUGUUAUCCUGUCUUUCAACUUUGUGCUUCGCAUCUGCAUUUUUAAGAUAAGACAACACUUUAUUAUCCCUGGAUGGGAAAUUUUCUGUGGCUGUACAGGAAUGGUAAAAACUCAUGAUGAAUGGAGGAAAUUUUGUCCAAACUGCGUUUAGUUUUGACUCUUUUGGAAACUUGAGACACUCUUCAUUUUCUUCGGGCAGUUAGAGGACAUCACGGUUGGUCCUACUUCUUUAGUCUCCCUCUUUUGUUUAUGUCUGUGUGUGUGAUUCAAUGGUGCUACAAGUAGGUACUACUUUUUUACUCUCCUACUGUUGUUUCUGCCAGUCUGUCUUGGCUUUUUCUCAGUACAUAAUGAAUAGUAUUAUUAUGUUGAUGCAGGAUUCAUUUUUGACCCCGCGCCAGUUGGGCAUUGGGUCAGAAAAUGACUCAUUGAUUUCACAUUCACUGGGUCAAUGGGCGCAUUGUUCACACAAGCGCCCCACAUGUCUUCUUUAGUCUAUUGUUGUAAAAUUUCAGAUCUCUGCGUGUAGUACAUUUUACGUACCAACUUAAAAUUACCACCCACCCAUUGAUAUAACACUGGAAACUAGAUCACAGAUUCGAAACGCGAGUUGCCAGCAUUCGAGACGCGCGUGAUCGCUAGGUGGCAUGUGUCUAACCAGAGACUUUAAAUUAUAAUUAGAUACUCUCUGGUCUAACUAAGUAGGCCACCGAUGACUUCAUUGCGGGAUUUCCCGAUCCCGCUUUACUGAGAAUGGGUGAUCGGUCGCAGUAAAAACAAUGUCACGCAAUUCAACAAAUUUCACGCAAAUAUUAGUCUUUAAGAUCCUAAGUAAUAAACACAUUGAAAAAGAGUUCUGCACUAAAAAUCACAAGAAGAUGCCAAGUUUCAUUUAUUUACUCCUAUUCAUUACUGACUUAUGAACAGUUUUUCCUCGAAAUACAUCAAGACAUGUCCCUCUUUUUGGCGAUAUUGUCUUCUAUGAAAGUCCCCCAAAAUUUUGCAAACAGAAAUGCCAAUAACUUUGUUAUUGAUCAAUGGAUUUUUAAAAUUUAAAAACCAUAGUUCUUAGAAUUUACUCUAUUUUCAUUUAAGCCUGUUUUUAAGCAAUUUGGA